AUGGCAACUCGAGGGAUUCAGGUUAGCUGUCGAGUUCGCCAUGAGGCUUGUUCAGGGAGGUCUCCCUGUGUAAACGUGGAUACAUCAGCCCGUCGAGUCGUAGUGGUGAGCGCGUCAACGCCUAAUACUGAUAGUAACAGUGUGUCGGCAGUUGAUUCAGACACUAGAGGAACAGCAUACUCAUGCUUCGAUGGAGUGUACUCGGCUCAGUCGACCCAGGAAGAAGUGUUCGAAGCAGUUGGCCGGCCAUUUGUUGCUGACUUACUGGUUGGAUACAACUGCACCAUUAUUGCCUACGGACAAACGGGUAGUGGUAAGACGUACACAGUCGUAGGUGGGCAAACACCAGAGACUCGAGGCCUCAUUCCACGUGCAAUGGAGACCAUUUUUGAAGAAAUGGCUCGCAUCGACCCAACCGAGUACGAUGUAGCACUCACCGCAAGCUUCGUUGAGGUUUACCAGGAGAAAUUACGUGAUCUACUACUUCCUCAUAGUUCGAGAUCUCUCCGCCUUCGAGAGGAUAAAGAGCAUGACGUUCGUGUUGAAGGUGCGAGUGAGAUCACUAUCUCAUCCGUAGCAGGCGGAAUGGCAGUACUGUCGAGAGGCAACGCGCAAAGAUCUACCGGCUCAACAUUCAUGAACGCUGACUCUAGUCGUAGCCAUUCAGUGUUGAUCCUGACUCUCACCAAGAAACAUAUUGCAACUGGAACCAAGGUGCGAGGCAAACUGUUCGUCGUGGAUUUAGCUGGAUCGGAGAAGGUGCAAAAGACAGCAGCAACGGGUGUGCGAAUGGAGGAGGCUAAGCACAUUAACCGGUCUCUUUCUGCUCUAGGGAACGUGAUUAAUGCACUGACCGACGAGAGAGUUAAACAUAUUCCAUACCGAGACAGUAAAUUGACGCGUUUGUUGCAGACAUCGCUCGGAGGCAACGCCAAGACACACUUGCUACUCACUUGCUCGGCCAGCAUUCAACACUUGGACGAGACUCUGUCAACUCUGCGAUUCGGUUCUCGAGCAAAGAAUAUUCAGAAUAACCCCCAUGUCAACAAGGAGAAUGCUGGUGCUGCAGCAGAAUACAGCGAGCUACUAACGAUGUUGCAGAGGAAAAUUGAAAACCUUCACAGCUACAUUCGUCAGCUCGAAAUGACACGAUGCGAGGCUUGUAAGUCCCGUGGAUCAGUCCUUGAUAUUGAUGCCAUAAAACACCAACCUAUCGACGAUUUACUGGCUUCAGAUCGUGUCGCUACUGCUAGUGAAAACCCCACUGACGAUGCUGACGACUUCAUCGCAGACGAGUUGGUGCGUGCUGAGAUGCAGAGCUUGCGGAUGGCUUUAACGACUAUGAUGCGCGACCACGAGACACAAGAGCACGCUCAUCGAGCAUUGAUGGACGUGACAGAGCAGCAACUGGAGUCUCGUCAUCGAAGUCAGGAGCAAAUUAUUCAUCAGCAACAACGCGAGUUGCAAGACGCAAGCGCAACGAUUUCUCAGUUAGAGAAGAAAUUAGAGCUUUUAGAGGAGAGUGCCCGAGGAAUGAGCACCGAGCUGCAUCGCCUACGAGGACAACAGCAUCAGUAUCGAGAAGGCGAAAACGCCGAGACUGAAAUUUUACGUCGGCAAUUGGAUGCGUCGACUAAACUCUCGAAGCAACUUCAGGCAAAGUUGAGUGCUUCUCGACAGGAACACGAAGACGUGACAAAUUUAAACGAAAAAUUGAUGAGCAGGGAGCACGAAUUGAAUUCACUUCGCAGCGAGAUGGAGGUGCUUCGAGUGAAGAAACUGCCUGUUACUUUGCCAAGCACUGUCACUCCUGGACUCCCGUCACCUCUUCGAACUCUUCAGACGCGUCCUGUUACAGCGGUUGAUUUCAAGACUCUUACCAAUACGAAUACGAAAAACGCUGGCAUGAACAACAUUCACAACUGGUGGGCUGGGGCUUGUGACGGCCUUCCUACUCGUAACCAGGACGAGAACGGGGCCUGGCUCGAUGCACCUGUGUUGAAAACGUCGGAAGCCUGUGGAGGCAGCAAGCGCGAAGACUUUCUUCCUCUCGCCGAGACUGCUGCCAGUAGAGUGAGUUCUGCCGCUCGACCAUUCCGUGCUCGACUCGUUGGACUGCUCAACUCACUGGAGGAGGAGACGACGGCGUACAGGGACCUUGUGGUGGAGACGAAAGAGCGAUCUGUAUCACGAAGUGGCGCCAGACCUCGACAUCAAUUACCGUGUCUUGAUGCUGUAACGUCGCCAUUGUCACCAUCAACACCAUAAAAGUACAGGAUCAACAAUUGAACAGAGCAUUAAAAACAUGGAAAACUUAUGAAAUAUAGAGCGCACUGA